GUAAUCUCGUGCAAGCUCUGACCUGUGUCAAUAAAGAGAUUUUACUAUGCUUUAGAAGGAAUGAACACUAAAUAUCGGGAACAAAAUGUUGUUUGUGUUUUUGUGGAUUUUCUGGUUAUCUCCUGUCCUUGCCCAGUUAGAAUGGGAGCUCGUCACCAACGAAAGUAGCGUGUCUCCUCCGGGAAGAAGGGACCAUGCGAUGGGAUUUGUUACGAUGGGCAAUUCGAGUUACCUGAUUUUGUUUGCUGGACGAUCGCACUCGAAUCAACCCAUGUAUGAUACGUGGAUUCUUGAAAUGCAAGAUAAUACAAUAGUACGAAUAUGGAGAAAUGUUACCAAGAGCACGCAUCCCCCUGCUAGAUUCAGUAUGGUGUAUGGAUCAGGCGAUGGCUAUUUUUAUAUUGCCACCGGCGAGGGAGUAAAUCGACAGUAUUUCAAUGAUAUUUGGAAAUUUGACACUAGAACAGAAGAGUGGACAGAAUUGGGUGGGACAGCGAUGCACAAAGGGUUAAAUGUGACGGAUGUGUUCCACCCCCAGCCUCGAUAUGGAGCUGCAGGAGGUAUAUUCCCUGGAGGAUCCAAGUUUUUUGUUCAUCAGGGAUUUUCGGAUACCAGACACUUUGACACUCUCGUUUUUGACGUCAACACAAUGGAAUGGAAUAUUGUUGACUGUAAGGCAGGCCAGUGUAAUCCCUACACCCCUUAUUAUCCCCACGCCAGAUGUCUACACGCAGGGACAAUUCUAGAUCCUAACAAACUGGUCAUCUUUGGUGGCUGUUUAUCCGGAGGGGGGACGGGAGGGGAAUGUCCGUCAGGAGACACCUGGAUACUUGAUUCCCAGACGCUGACCUGGACAGAGUACGCCAGUUGUCCAGUACCAAGACUUUAUGGGAGCAUGGCUAUGUUACCCUCCUGGAGUGGUCAGAGUAGGGUGCUACUGUACGGAGGAAUGGAAGACGCACCCCAAGUUAUACAGACAACCAGAUCGCCACCUGAUUUGGUAGGGUUGUUUGAUCCGUUAACAAGAACGUGGUCUCUACACAAGACAAGCUCCAAGCAUUCCUUUCCUGUGUCAAGAGCAUCGGUUGCCAUGGUGACAGGACACGACGGAAUCUUUUUGUUUGGAGGAUAUGACCUUGAUAGUGGAUCUUUGUUGGGAGAUCUGUGGUUGCUACGUGGCGACGCCUACAAUGCCCAGAACACGGAUACAGUCGGCUGCUCCGGUUCCUUCACUAACUUCAUUCUGGCCCACGGAUGUCUAAUGGUGAUAGGGUGGGGGAUAUUUACCGUGUGGGGAGCCUUUAUUGCUAGAUACGCCAAAUCAUCAGGAAAGACCUGGUUUUAUCUACACGUUAUUUUACAAGUUACAGGUCAGCUGUGUAGCAUAGCCGGAUUCAUCAUGGCGGUGUUCUCUGUCCAGUUUCAACACUUUGGAUUCGCUCAUGGAAUCAUUGGCCUAGUGGUAGUGAUACUGGGCAUUCUUCAGCCAAUCAAUGCCGUAUUUCGUCCCCUACGUCCGAAACCUUACUGUAGGAAAUCAUUCCGCCGCAUUUUAUGGGAAUUUGUGCACCAUUUUGGUGGAACGUCGGCCAUUUUAAUGGCUCUAGCUAACAUAUCUCUGGGUGUGUUCGUGGCGAAUACUCGCUCAGUGGCAUGGGUUGUCUGGUUUGUUUACUUAAGUAUCGUUGUUGCUGUAAUCUUUGUAUCUCACGUCGCCCAGGAAUGUCUAGAAAAUAGGAGAAAGCCAAAGCAAUUCUUUGAACUCGUCCGGGGAUCAGAUCAAAGCAUUCAUAACUACAAACCAAAAAUGGCGGAAGGAAAUGUGUAAUAAUGCAUGCAUAUCUUUAUUUACAUGUUUGUUGGUUAUUGUAAUAAAUAGAGCAAUAUAAACAGAAUACUUUUUUU